AUCAUACCUUUUAAAAACUCUAAAUAAACAAAUAAAAGAAGCUAAUAGAUUAUAUCUCCAAAUAUCUGAACUUCUUAGUGAACUUUGUUAUAAGAAUAAUACUAUUCAUCCUGCUGAACCACCUUCAGGAAAAACAGAAAAAAAAGAUGAUCUUCUUUUGUCAUAA